UAUAAUUUUACGAAACAUAAUUUUAAAUAAAGUAUGUUGUUUCUAAUAAAAGGAUGCACGUUUAGUGCUUGUCGAUAUUACGGGAAUAUUAUAAGCAGAGCUAAAUUACUUGAAUCAUGGUGUCAAUUAUUUCCUAACCUCAACAGGAAACUUCCAUCUAUUAAUAAAUUGUUUAGCACAGAAAAGAAUUUAUUCGUGAUUAAUGCAAAUGUUCAAAGAUACUUAAAUAACCUUAUGAAUGCGUAUCAAAGUGAGGAUGAAAUAAAAGGGACUAUCUCAGAAAUUUUUAAAUUACACAACAUUUCACUAUUGUUAGACAAAAAAAUUAAGAUAAUUGAGAAUUUAAAGAAUUUAAGUGACCUUAUCAGUGGAAAUGAAGAAAUGAAGGACCUUGCAAAAGAAGAAGAAUCAUUAUAUAAACAACAAUUGUUGGAAGUUGAUGAAAAAAUAAUCAAUAUUAUUCUACAGCAUUUAGGUGGAGGAUAUUAUGAUAAUGUUAUUAUGGAGGUUGUACCAGGUGUAGGUGGUCAAGAAGCUAUGAUAUUCGUUCAGGACUUAUUUAAUAUGUAUAUAGGCUACCUUGACUAUCUAGGAUUUACUUAUGAGAUAAUGGAAUUACUUGAAUGUGAGCCAAACGGGUUAAGGAAAGCUUCUUUGCUAAUAUCUGAUAGUAAAGCCUUUGAGAAGUUACAGUAUGAAAGUGGUGUACAUAGAGUUCAACGAGUUCCAGCAACAGAGAAGUCUGGCCGUUUGCAUACAAGUACAGCUGUUGUGACAAUUAUUCCAGAACCUAAGGAUGUGGAGAUUCAAUUAGAAGAGAAGGAUUUAAAAAUAGAAGCAAAGAAAGCAUCUGGUCCAGGAGGACAGCAUGUAAAUUCUACAAAUUCUGCAAUUAGAAUAACUCAUCUACCUACUGGCAAAGUUGUAACCUGCCACACAGAUAGAUCUCAAAUUAAAAAUAAAAAACUAGCUCUGAUGAAAUUGAAAAGUUUGUUAUAUGAGGAGCAAAUGAACGAGCAUGACUCGAUUAUUAGCGAAAUGCGGAAGAAACAAAUGGGAUCGAAAUUAAGAAACGAGAAGAUUAGAACGUAUAAUUUCAAUCAAGAUCGCGUGACGGACCAUAGGAUAUCAAAUGGUACGAUGCAUAAUUUGAAAGAUUUUAUGAGAGAUGGAGUCGGUCUGGAAGAACUGGAGGAUAGACUCAACAAGGAUAUGUCGCAGAAAACCUUGCUGGAGAUUAUAGAGAAGACGGAUAGUCAAUUGAAGUAACACUGAUUCUUUCAACAUUUGCCAUUUUGAUAAGAAACGAUUUUCAUUUACAUAGGCAAGCCAUUGUACAUAGCAAAUUGUAAUAAACUCUGUGUAAUACAAGUAACAUCAUUUUCGUUUUUCGGAUGAAACUCGCCACGUCUUGUUUAAUUGUUAAGUUCUUUCUGUUUCGCUCAAAGAAGCAGAGAGCUAGCGAAGUAGAGAGUUCAGUUGUUUAUUUGAAAAACAUACAACAAGAUUUCUUGUUUUUUUUUUUUGUUUCGUUUUGUCUCGUAACCGCGUGUCCAAAGGCACACAUCCUUGUAACUCUCGUAUAAUACAUUAAUAUACAAAAUUAAUAUAUUCGUAAUCUCUAUAAAUAUCAAACGACACGUUUUACAUCGGUUAAUGUACAAAGCGCAAAAUGUAUGUGUGUAAGUGUGUGUACGUGUAUGAGAGAAUGUGUCUCAUAGUAUCGUGUGGCUCUUGUAUACGACCCUGCUCCGACGUAUGUAGUCCUCUAUAAAAUCCUACCUAGUUUAAUGCUCUGAAAAUUAACAUCAGCGGUCGUGGCGAAUUAAGUUCGCGGACAAAUGCGAUUUCAUCAUUUCAUCGCAACUUCCGUCUACCGAUUAUCCCACGAAAUGUAGGUGCGUCCGUCCACCUACGAGCGUUUCUCGCGCGAAUUAACUUCUUCCUUUGUGCCGCUCUUUAAAUACAGAUUUUAAACGGGUUAUAUGCAUUCUGGACAUUGUGGAAUCUUCCUACGCAUAGAUUGGUCGACAUCGCGAUUCUUAGAAUAACUAGUAGCGACAGUAUUUGAACGAGCAGUGUAUAUUAUGUUUCUUCAUUCAACACUUCCUCAUAACCUCUUUCUGUAACAUUUUUUCAUAUUAUGACUGUUCCGAUGAAUUAUAAAAUUUUGAUUAUCCCCAGUUUUAAUUGAAAAACAAGCAAUGUAAAACCUUCGUCAAACCUGGUCAAGUAGAAACUAUCAAUUGUUCUUCUAUAAGUUCAAUAUCUCGUUUUAAUCGUUAUGACCUAAGCGCCAUUAAAGUUUAAU